AUGACGACCCUGGUGACGACUCGGCGGCCGCUUCAACUUAUUAGCAUGAGCAAUCAGCCCCAACGACGGACGAGCAAGCGCCUCGCUGGUAGGUGGAUGGAUGACGACGACGCGCGGGGUGCAACGCGCGCUGACCUUUUCACAGCAACCGCCGACUACGAACGCGACGAUGACUUUCAGUUUGUACGCAAGUCCAAGAGGGUCAAGACGGAGAAGGCAGAGGAGCCCGAGCCGGUCAAGAAGGCGGGGAGGGGCCGCACCACAGCUAAACAACGCGCCGCCACCAAGGCCGCAACCACCAACGGGACCAUUGUCGAGGAGGAGACGAGUGUGAAGGAGACGGCGCCCAAGGAGAAAGUAGUAAAGGAAACCACCACGGCAGCCAAGCCCGCGACGAGGAAAUCUACGAGACGAAAACUGAGCGUGGACGCGUCUGUCGAAGAGCCACCGCUCAAGGUUCCUAAGAGGCAGACCAGGAGGAGCGCGCGGGUAUCGGGGGAGAAGCUUGAGGAAGAGCCUCCGCAGGCAAAAGAAGCUCCUCCUCAGACGAAUGGCGCAUCUCAGAAGCGCGCUCGCCGGCCAAAAUCGCCUCGCCGUCCGCCUCCGGACUGGGACAAGUCCCCCGAGCCUCGCGCAGCGCCUGUUGAGUCAGCGAAAAUCGCCCUCCCGAUGAGCGACACGCCCGUCAUCAACAGGAACAAGGAGAUGCGAAAGAAGGGGGGCAACUCCAACAGGCGGAGCAGUCUAGGCAUGCGAGGGCGGAGGGCUAGUUCACUGAUCGAGAGUGGUCAGACAGCGAUCCCGCACCGGGAAGUCAACACGGCGGAUUUCUACAAGCAUAUCGAGGCAGAAGGCUUGACAGAACCUCGGCGGAUGAAGCAGCUGUUGACUUGGUGUGGUGAACGCUCUCUGGCACCCAAGCCUCCUCACGGAACGCCAAACUCGAAUGCUAUUCUGGGCGCCCGUGCAAUUCAGGACCAGCUUCUCAAAGAUUUCGCGUCUCGAUCAGAGUUCUCAGACUGGUUCAGCAGAGAUGACGACGUGCCAAAGGCCCCUGUUGUCCUGAAGCCCAAUCCCAAAAACAUGGAGCUGGACGAGAAAUUGGCUCAGCUUGAGAUCAACAUUAAGAGAUUACAAGAAGAAAAGAAGGCCUGGCAAGCAAUAAGAAAACCACCACCUGAACAACCACCUCUCUUUGAAGAAGAAGAAACUGGCCCUAUCGUCCUCCCAGACUUUGACCUUCUAGACCCAGAAGAAGGCAAGAUCAGGGGUCUAUUAGCAGACGAAACAGCAUCAUUCAACGCUAUCCGAUCACAGACCGAGUCACGGUUACGAACUAUUCAGUCGUCACUCGAAUUCCAGGUCGAUCACCUCGCCGACAACGUCCAUAAGCUCGAGCAGCGGGUCCUGGUCGCAGGAAAGGAGGCGGACAAGGUCCUCAGCAUCAGCGCACUGCGUCUACGCCAACGGGAAGAGAGGGAAAAGGCCAGCGCGGGGACUAGGGAUAUGCCCAUGAUGGAGGUUCUGAGAAGCCUAGGCAACAUUCUACCUGAAGGGGGAGGAUGAAAGGGGGAAUCUCUAACUUGUGCAAAUGAAGGCCUUUGACGUUUGACGGUUCCUCUUUUUCACCCCCUCUGUUCUUCAGCGCAUGAUAUUAAUGACGAUAUGAGAUGAUGCGUCUUUUCUUUUACCCUCUUCACCUUUGUUCUACGGAACUUGGCGUGUAUGGACAAGCUGGAUAUGGCUUCUUGGGAUGGACAUGGCGGUGGUUUUGUUGUUUCUCGGUCUGGCCGUGUUUGUUUGUUUUUUUCCUUUUCAUUCUGGGUUGAACCUGGGAGUUGGGCAUCGUAUGGAGUUUUUCAAACCUCCUUGGGAGAAGGAGGAGAGGGGUUUUAUAUGUGUGACCUUGCGAUAUGCAGGCACAGAUCGUGACUUUAGAUGUUCAGCGAAACCAACGAAAAUCAGAUUCCACAUUCGCGUGGUUUUUUUUUUUUGUUU